AUGGGAAUAUCUUUUGAACCACCCGGAAAAGAACCAUCGAUUUCACACCAAGCGAUGAGCCACCGGUCAAACUUCGCAUACGACGCAGUCAUCCUCUUCUGGAGGAUGGUGCUCAACCUGUUCUUUCGUGAGAUACGGCCCCGAGGCGCAUGGAAUAUCCCACGAUCUGGUCCAGUCAUAUUUGUCGCGGCACCGCAUCAUAACCAAUUCUUAGAUCCACUCAUUGUUGCGAGCGAAACGUUUCGAGAGACGGGGCGACGCAUUGGAUAUCUCAUUGCUGCUUCGAGCAUGAAGCUCGCAGUGAUAGGAACUUGCGCGAAGUGGAUGGCUGCGAUUCCUGUGGAGCGGGCAGGAGACAGCAAAAAGGAUGGAACGGGUCUGAUUAUGCUGCACCCCGAAGAUUCAACGCUCGUCCUCGGAACAGGUACAAAAUUUACUGCCGAGUUGGGCCCCAAGGCACAGAUCCUAUUACCGAAGUCCACCUCUCACGCCAUUGCCGAAGUCAAGGAAGUCCUGUCCGAUACUGAGGUGCGAAUCAAGGAGUUUAAGAUCGGAGAUGGAACCAAAGGGACGAGGCGCGUUAGAGAGAAGAUGGAGGAGGUGAAAGCUGCAGGCAAAGAAGGCUUUGACUGGAAGAUCGUGCCACAUUUGGAUCAGAAAGAGGUAUACAUGCACGUGUACGAGCGGCUCAAAGAGGGAGAGUGUAUUGGCAUCUUCCCUGAAGGCGGCAGUCACGACCGCACAGAUUUGCUACCUCUUAAAGCGGGUGUCUCUAUCAUGGCAUUGGGGGCAAUGGCAUCGGAUAACAACGUACGCGUCCGGAUUGUUCCAGUCGGCCUCUCGUACUUCCAUCCACACCGAUUUCGCUCCCGAGCUGUUAUUGAAUUUGGUCGCGCCUUCGAAGUUCCUACAGAUCUUGUCGAGAUGUUCCAGUCUGGGGGUGAUGGCAAGCGUACGGCAGUUUCGAAGCUGCUAGACUUGAUCUAUGACGGCCUGAAGACCGUGACAGUACGCGCGCCUGACUAUGACACACUCAUGCUGAUUCAAGCUAGCCGAAGACUUUACAAGACCCCUGGCCAGCAUUUGACGUUGAGUCAAGUGGUUGAGCUCAACAAGCGUUUUAUCGAAGGAUAUCUGCACUUCCAGAACGAGCCUCGGGUACAGGCAUUGAAACAUCGCGUGGAGCAAUACAACCGAGCGUUGAGAAACCUUGGUCUGAGAGACCAUCAGGUCGAGACUGCAACUCGUCAUGAUUGGAAAACGGCUGUUCUACUGGUUUAUCGCACUGGCUUGUUAAUGGCAUGGGCCACAUUUGCCCUCCCGGGAGUCAUUCUUAAUGCACCCAUUUUUCUGACCGCUGCCUACAUCUCAAAGCAAAAAGCGAAAUCGGCGUUAGCAGCUUCAACCGUGAAGCUAGCGGCUCGGGACGUGAUUGGCACUUGGAAAGUGCUUGUCUCCCUUCUUCUGACACCCUUGCUCUAUAUCACCUAUGCGGUUAUUGCAACAUACAUCAGUCAUCAGUGUCGGCUUUCACUGAAGUAUCAAUUGGCAACACCCGUGGCGGUCAUGGUUGCAUUGCCAUGCAUUGCCUAUUCAGCGCUCAAGUUCGGUGAAGCUGGGAUGGACGUUCUUAAGAGCCUGCCCCCAUUGAUUCUGUCCUUCCUUCCAGGGCAGCAAAAGCGCCUUAAUCGCUUAAAGGCGAUGAGGGCGGACCUCUCGAACGAAGUAUCCGAUGCUAUCAACGAGUUUGGUCCCCAGCUUUACGAAGACUUCGAUGCCAGACGUGUUCAUGUCGCUGCUACCGGUGGUCCGCCGUCCAGCGACGCUGCUCUGGGUAUUUGGAGGCGGAAAUCUGCCUUAGGUGGCGCGGAUGCUCAAGGCAAUCUCCUCAUUCAUCCUAUGACUUGGCUGGAUGAACGUAUCUUUGGCUGGUCACGCAGUGCGAAUCACGGAACGAACGCCUGGGGCCAUCACCCCAGCGACAUCAGCCGUAUCACCUCGCCUGUUCCAAGCGAUGGAGAAGAGAGCGACGGAGAGGCGAGCGAUGGCCGUGACGACGCAGUCGCAGCGUCAGUCGAGGAUCUGCACGGCCGAGCUACAAGGAUCUACACAAGCUUGGUCUCGAGGCCGCGGAUGCCUCUGGAUUACGACAUCGCAGCAACGCCGAGCUCGCACAACUCGCCAUGA